AUGGGUCUAACAAAGUUUUCUUCAUUGGCCAUGUUAGCGCUGACCGUUUCUGCUGCCUCUUGGAGCGCAACUCCUUUUAAUCCCGCAUCUGUCCCGCUCGCAGUUCGGUCGCCUUAUCUGUCUGCAUGGCUGCCUCAAGGUGCUGGCACAGCGCUGAACGGUGCCUGGCCCCAGUUUUGGACUGGAUCAACUCUUGGAUGGGCUGGCUAUAUCAGAGUUGAUGGUGCCACGUAUACCUUCCUGGGUGAUCCCGUUGUUGCAGGUGCCGAAUCUGCCGUCCAAAAAAGCCUGGAGUUCACUUCAACGCAAAGUAUUUUCGUAAUGACUGCCGGGCCGGUGGAUAUAAAUGUGAACUUCCUCAGUCCUGUCGAGCCCACAGACCUCCUUAAGCAGUCCAUCCCAUUCUCGUAUCUGGCACUUUCUGCAGUGUCUAACGAUGGAGGGUUGCAUACCGUCAGCGUAUACACCGACAUAAGCGCAGAAUGGGUAUCUGGAGAUGACUCUCUGACGGUCAACUGGACCACUUCUACGGGCAACAUCCUGACUCAUCGUGUCAUGCUUGAGAACCAGGAAUUGUAUACCGAGUAUAGUGACCUUAUCCAACAGGGAGCAGCCUAUUACUCUACUUCGAAUUCUUCCUCCGUGACGUACCAAACCGGCCAAGAUGCCGUUGUUCGAGGCCAAUUCAUCAACAACGGUGUUCUUAACAAUACUGAGGACACCAAUUUUCGUGCCGUCAGCGACAAUUGGCCAGUGUUUGCUUUCGCUCACGACCUUGGCACCGUGUCAACCACUGCUACUGUGCCUGUAAUAUACACUGUGGGUCAUGUGAGAGAUCCGGCAAUCCAGUACAUCGUCGCGAACGACGUCUACCAACCCCGAAGUAUUUACUUCUGGAGUGCUUACUCAAGCGUCGCGGACUUGAUUUCUGACUUCAUUGGGGACUACUCUACUGCGCUGGGACGUGCGCAAGCGUUCGACCAGAAAGUCCAGAGUGACGCCUCGGCCAUUUCGAGUAAUUAUGCUGGUGUCGUCGCACUGUCGGUUCGUCAAGCCUUUGGAGCCUUGGAGCUUACGUUGUCGAAGAACAGUAAUGGAAGUUGGAACACAGAUGAUAUCCUGAUGUUCUUGAAGGAGAUCUCUAGCGAUGGUAACGUGAACACUGUGGAUGUCAUCAUGCCCGCAUGGCCUAUUCUCUUGUAUACCAAUCCCACACUUGGAAAAUAUCUCCUACUCGGCCUCCUUGAGUACCAAGCAACCGGUCAAUAUCCCAAUGCUUGGGCUGCCCAUGAUCUUGGUUCAUCUUAUCCCAACGCUACGGGUCACAAUGCCGGUAACGAUGAAGCCAUGCCUCUCGAAGCGCCUAUGCUUUCAGAGUGCGGAAAUAUGCUCAUUAUGGCUUUGAGUUACACUCAGAAGUCUAAUGACAUCUCCUUGAUCACCCAAUAUACGGAACUUCUUAACCAAUGGACCGGAUACCUCGUCGCAGAAGCCCUCAUUCCUGCGAAUCAGAUCAGCACAGAUGAUUUUGCGGGGGCUCUCCCCAACCAGACUAAUCUAGCCAUUAAGGGUGUGAUAGGCAUCCAGGCUAUGUCUGUAAUUUCGGGCAUAUUGGGCGACACCGUUAAUCAACAAAACUACAGUUCUUCAAAUAUUCAGUCAAUCGUACAGCGCUAUGUUCCGCAAAUACUUAACUAUGCCACAUCGAGCGACGGGCUGCACCUCACCUUGAAUUACGGAAAUGAAAGCUCUUGGGGUUUGUCAUACAACCUGUAUGCAGAUAAGUUACUUGGCACCAAUGUUUUCCCAGAGUCUGUCUAUGACAUGCAAACCGCGUGGUAUGCCACCGUUGUCAAUGCUUACGGCGUCCCUUUGGACACUCGCCACACAUACACUAAAUCCGACUGGGAAUCAUGGACUGCUGCCAUUAUGACGAACACGACGACGCGAGACAUGUUCAUUGAUUCUGUCUACAAGUAUGCUGCCGACGGUGAAAGUAAUCAGCCGUUCGGAGACUGGUAUGAGACACUUGAUGGCACUGUGUAUGGAUUUAGGGCCCGCCCAGUCGUUGGUGGUCAUCUGGCUUUGCUUGCUUUGUGA